GCCCCCCCUUCUCCGCGGCGAGGAGCGGGAGACCCUCUUGUGGGGCUUUGCGCCCUCGGCAGGAGGCUCCUGCAGCCGCCGCGGAUGAGCCUUCCCCGCCAGAAGUCGGCGUUAGAGACCGGGCUUCCUUUUCGCCCGCAGGCUUCUAUGGGCUCGAGCUAGCGUGCGCGCGUUGCGGCGGCUCGCCUUUCGCUCUGCCGUCUUUCCUCCUCCCGGUGGGGCGACCGAAGCUGGCGGCGCAGCGCCGAGGAGCGGGUGGCGACGGCUCAGCCGCGGCACGGAUGUCGGUCUCCAGGUGCUGCAGAGGCGGAGGAGACGGCGCUAAACCUGAGCGCCUUUUGCAAGGCCGGGCUUGGAAAGUAUGCAUGACAAACUGUCCUACUCUGAUUGUAAUGGUUGGCCUUCCAGCAAGAGGAAAAACCUACAUAUCAAAAAAAUUGACACGCUACUUAAAUUGGAUUGGAGUGCCUACAAAAGAGUUUAAUGUUGGUCAGUACCGGCGAGAUUUGGUAAAAACAUACAAGUCCUUUGAAUUCUUCUUGCCAGAUAAUAAAGAAGCCCAGAAAAUCCGAAAAAAGUGUGCCUUAGCAGCACUAAAUGAUGUUCAGCGAUAUCUUUGUGAAGAAAAUGGGCAUGUCGCAGUUUUUGAUGCUACAAAUACUACAAGGGAACGUAGAGACACCAUAUAUAAGUUUGGUGAAGAAAAUGGAUUUAAGACUUUUUUUGUGGAGUCAGUAUGUGUUGAUCCUGAGGUUAUUGCUGCAAAUAUUGUGCAAGUGAAAUUAGGCAGUCCUGAUUAUGUUGACUGUGCUAGUGAUGAAGCUACAGAGGACUUUAUGAAAAGAAUUGAGUGUUACAAGAAUUCAUAUGAGACAUUGGAUGAAAAUCUAGACAAGGAUCUUUCUUAUAUAAAAAUCAUGGAUGUUGGAAGGAGUUACCUUGUAAACCAUGUAAUGGAUCAUAUUCAGAGUCGGAUUGUUUACUACCUCAUGAAUAUCCAUGUAACUCCUCGUUCCAUCUACCUCUGUCGACACGGUGAAAGUGAACUAAAUCUAAAGGGAAGAAUAGGAGGAGACACGGGCUUGUCCCAGAGAGGGAAAGAGUUUGCCAAGAGCUUGGGCCAGUUCAUUAAUGAUCAAAACAUCAAAGAUCUGAAAGUCUGGACAAGUCAGAUGAAGAGGACCAUUCAGACUGCUGAGGCUCUGAGAGUGCCUUAUGAGCAGUGGAAAGUUUUAAAUGAAAUUGAUGCGGGAGUCUGUGAAGAAAUGACAUAUGAAGAAAUUCAGGAAAAUUAUCCAUUAGAAUUUGCUUUGAGAGACCAGGACAAAUACAGAUACAGAUAUCCUAAGGGCGAGUCCUAUGAAGAUCUUGUUCAAAGGUUAGAGCCAGUAAUUAUGGAGCUGGAAAGGCAAGAAAACGUGCUUGUAAUCUGUCACCAAGCUGUUAUGCGUUGUUUGCUUGCUUACUUUUUGGAUAAGCCUGCAGAACAACUGCCUUAUCUUAAGUGCCCUCUGCAUACUGUCUUAAAGCUAACUCCAGUGGCUUACGGUUGCAAAGUGGAAUCUAUUUUUCUAAAUGUUGAGGCUGUAAAUACACACAGGGAUAAACCACAGAAUGUAGACAUUGUCAGACCUCCCGAGGAUGCCCUUGUAACUGUCCCUGCUCACCUGUGAAUCCUGUUUCCUGAUCAGCUAUGAAAGAUGUGAAUGUGUGUGUGAGCCGCUCUCGAGAAGAAGCCUUGAGGACUGUACCUAAUCAUUUGUAGCUCUCUGGUCUCCCAGCACUGUCCCAGGCUGCUAUCCAAUGUCAACAUUAAGGACACUUCUCAGGGACACGAUGAUGAAAGCCUUCAAAGGAGGCAGCCAGCAAGGCAGAAAAAUGCCUGCUCUCUUCUUUUAAAAUGGAUUUCAAGACAAACUGAGCAUUAAGUCAAAAAUGUACCGAGUAUUUAUGGAACACAGGAUGAAAUUAGUUUUAAUUUAAUAUAUUUUGUCUUUAGCCUGUCAUUUUUGAUCUUGAAUGUUAUGUGUAUAAAUCGUGAGGUGUUAUUUUGAGAUUCUUCUAGAGUUAGAAUAUUUUCUUAAACUGGUCUUUUUCUGUUAAAAACAAUCCUCCUCUGAUUAUUUUAUUCAAAAUUUAUGCACAUGAAAUUUUAAGCAUACCAAAAGUAUUUUAAACUUUUUCAUCUACUAGACAGGAUAUUUAUCAUCUCCAUCCAACUUCAUUCAAGUUUUUUUUUUUCAUUUCAUAAUUACAUUGCUUUGGUUGAUAAUACAAAAAGCUACAUGUUUAUAAUUAUUCAAUGUUAUAAAGUGGACUAUUAAAAUUUCCAGUUUUUGGGGUGGGACAGUAAUGCUGUAGCAGUUGGUAUUUAUAACACCAACUUUCUAAAUAAUUUUAUUAAAGAUUCUAUUUCCAUUUUAGCAUCUAAAAUAUUUUCUCUUUUAUGCUCCUAUUAUAAAGUGCUCCAGAGCCUCCUAGAUAAUUUAUUCAAAUGAUUUUUUGAUCGAAAAUAACAGCAGAUUUCUUUCUACUUCAUAUACAAAAUAAAACCAUUUUCAAAGCCCCUCUUUUUUAAAAAAAUCUCUAAUUCUCUUUAAGAAUACUGAUGGAUACUCUAGCCAAAGUUGGCCCGCAUAUUAUUCAUAAUUUCCAUAAGCACUAUUUUAUACAGGGGUCCCAAUCCUUGGGCCAUGGCCUGAUACUGUGUCGUGGUCUAUUUGGAACUGGGCUGUACAAGCGGUGGGCGAGCUUGCACAGCUCCACUUGUGCAAGCUGCAGUCUUGCAUACUCAUACACAAAACUCCCAUUUGUGCAAGUGCGUUCACCUGCUGCACUCUCCUUUCUCACCGCCAGUCGCCAGUCCAUAAAGCUGGAAAGGUUUGGGACCACUGAUUUUUUAUAUCCUUCAAGGAAAUUCCUGUAAAGUCUAUGAAAAUUAAAAUAAUCUUACAUGGAUAAGAAUAAGACAAUAAAGUAAGAAUGUGGAACAUGGUGGUUAGAGGUCCAAAAAUCUUAGUGCAAUGUGCACCACCAGUUUUGAGAAACACUUAAUCUGAUUUAAGUUCAUAGAAUUGAUGCACUUCUUCAUUUUCCUUAAACCAAAGAUAAGGUAUUAACUUGUUUUGAAUGUUUUUUUGCGGUGAGGGUGGGGGAUAGACAACUAUCGAGUCCCUCCAUUUUUCAUUUAAAAUGUAGGCAUAGUUAAGUUGAAAGAUAUUUUUUGGAGGAUAUUUUAUGGAGGAGCUAGCAGAUGUCAUGCACUGAAUACCAUCAACAAGUUCAGGCAAUGGUGGAAGGUUUCACUCCAGGGGUGAAAUACUACCUGUUCGGACGAACCGGUAGCGAUGGCAGCGGGUGGUCCGGAGAACUGGUAGCGACAGCAGCGUGAGGCUCUGCCCACCCGCCAGGUUGUUGUUACUUCCUGGUUUUAACCAGGAAGUAACCUGUUUUUUACCCUCUGCGCAUGCACAGAAUGGUUUGCGCAUGUGCAGAGGGUCCGCAUGCACACGUGAUGCGGCAUGUGCACUUCCAAACUGGUAGGGAAGGUAAGUAGAUUUCACCCCUGUUUCACUCCCAAAGUAAAUAACAAUGACAGUUUUUCAAAUUGUCUUUUUAAGAUUUUGCAGGACUAUGAAAUCUUACAAGAUUUCAUUCAUCUUAAUCCAUUCUUGCCUGAAACUUUCUGACAUAUCAGCAUCUGAGACAUUCAUGCAAGAAUUUCAAAAUGCUGAAGAUUUGGAAAAUGGCACAUGAUUCCUGCCUUUUUAAUUUUUUAUAUGCUUUUAAAACAUUAACGGGGUGUGUGGACACAGAUGUUUGCAAGAACUUUGUUGCUAAGCCCUGAUUUAGCAUUCUGGAGUUCUUUCACAAAAGAGAAGCAGCACAUCCUUCAGCCCUGUCACUGCCACCACCACCACCAUUUUUGGGGAUUAGCAUCUAUACUGCUCUUCCUCCUAUAUGACUUGAGAGGAAAGGGGAGAGAUGGGAUAACUGCUCCUGUAGUUGGAUUCUCAAAGAUCCACAGAAGAAUGCAGGUUAAUUUGCAGAAUUUUAACAUCCUGCUUUUGAAUAGAAUUUGUACAGAAGCAAUUCCUCUUUGAGUUUGCACGUUAAGUCAUGUAUAUAUUUGUAUUAAAUCAUUAUAUAAUGUCGUUAUUUGUGUAAUAGAAAUCAAGCAGCAGAUUAGAUACCUGUUAAGUUGUUGAAACAAAAAUAAUUUUGUCCUUACCAGUUGGAAGUGUUUUUAAAAAUCCCACUAUCUAUAUAGAUAUCUUAUUGAACCAUACUAUCCUAGUGGUAAAAGCUCUGUGCAAUGUACUGUGUUAGCUUUGCAGAUGAGGGUCAGUUAGUUUCUUUUAUUUUUUUAGUCGCUGGUGCUAUCACGUAUGUUGUGGCCAUGCUGUGAACUCCUUGUUUUGCAAUGCAUUCUGUGCUGUAGAAAUAAGCCAGAAAGUCAAACUUACAUCAAAAGUGGUGAUAAAAUAGAAAUUAUUUAAAUAACAUAUAAAAAGCACUUGAGCUGUAUUUUAUCAUAAAAUGACUUUUGCAUUGUAAAGUAUUUAUUCAGGUAGAUAAUCAUUUACUGUGUUUACCUGACUGGAAGAAACACUCCCCCCCCACCCCAAUAUCUCUGAAUUCAGUCACUUAUUGGAAAGGUGCUAUUGAAAAUAACAUAGAAGAUGAGAGAGAGAGACUGCUUUUCUGUAACGCCUAAACAAGGCUUUUCUCUCUCUCUCUCUCUCUCUCUCCUGUCCCCAUCCAAAUAUACCUCCCACUUGUUUUUAUUUUCCAGGGAAAUCACCCCAAAACUCUGUUCCAUCCACUUUCCCCCUUUUCCCCACUUUCAUUAGAAGGAAGGAGGUAGGUAAGUGUAUGUAUACAUACAUAUUUGUCUGUGUAAGACAGACAAAUAUCAGUGUGUGCAUGAUUGACAUGCACACAGGGAAUUGAUUAAUAACCUUUGUUCUGAUCCUGUCUUUAUUAAGACUUCAUUUUAGAAGAUACAUGAGCACAGCUGCAUGGAUGCCUAACAUACACAAGUGAUGUGUAUACAUAAUACAUAAUGCAUGUGCAUACAUCAUACAUAAACAUAGGAGAGGUGAGGAAAUCUCCAGGAUUGGUUUCAUUUGGCUUCCCAUAAAAUCUCCAGGAUUGGUUUCAUUGGCUUCCCAUAAUAUAAUAUGUUUGCUUCCCCCCCUUUUUUUUUGGGUGGAUAGGUUACCUUCUGUUUGGAUAAAUACGAGCAGUUCUUGGCUUACAUUUAGCAACAGUUUGAACCUCUGACAAUGUUCAACAAGUGGUUCUUACAACAGGUCCUCAGAGAUCCAGCCGUUGCACUGCUCCCUCUGUCACAAGAUCACAAAUUUCGAUAUUCCCUGCCAGCUUCCCACAAACAGGACAGAAGCUGGCAGGAAGCCGGAAGUCAUGUGAGGUCCUUGCUUAACAACAGCCUGGACUGCCAGAACUGCCAUCACUAAGUGGUCCCAAUUGCUGUUGUAAAUUGAACACUGCCUCUACGGUACUAAAGGGACCAGGAAAAACACCAUUGUAUUUUAAUAGGUCUCUCUUACUUAGCAGUAAUGUUUUAUCAUGAUACUUUUUGAACUUCUCUGGAUGUGGGGUACUGAGGGGAGAUGUUAAUUUCUCUAAAAGUUGAGGGUUAUCCAGAAGAAAAAUGUGUAGAUGUAUAAAUCUCUUGAAUUUUGUAAAAAAUACUCAUUCCUACAAAAUGAGUAUUUUCUAUAAAUGAUUUUACUCAUUUCUAAAUGAAGGCAGUAGACUAUCCAUUGAAAAUGUAUCAUUACUUCAUAGAGUCUCUUUAUUGAAGAGAACUAUUUGUUUGCAUAUCUUCAUAUUUUUUUAAUGUGUACAACUCAGUGGCUAAAUAUUUAAUGUAUAGUAGAUAUUUUUAUAGGUUAUAUCUAAAUAUACUUUGUUAACUGUGGUUUCUUCUAUUCAGAGAAAAGGCCAUAUAACCGAAAAAAAUAAUUGUAUGCAAUACAAAUUAUAAAUUUAUGUUGAUACUUGAAAAGACUAAGAAGUUGUUGAUUCUGAUUUAACAAGCUGUGAUCUUAAAUACAAAAUUUGGAAGUAAACCUCUUGAAAUUAGUUGCACUAUCUUCCAAGUAAAUAAGUCCAAAAAUCAUAAAUCAUAAAAACUGUUUACUAUCAGUUUCAAGUAGAUAAACUUGUAAACCUUCAGAAUAUCUGCUGAAUAUUUUGUUUCACAGGACUUACUACCUUUUUUAAGAGUAAAAAAUGAAUUAUAGAAACAUGUGAAUCUUAAACAAGAAGCCAUUAUUGGCAUUUGCUUAAUGUGUGAAAUAGCUUAUAGAAAUAAUAUGGAAAUGAGAAUGUUAUAAAUGUUUCUUUUCUCAAUUUGUAUUACUGAUUCAUAUGAUUUUGAAUUAAAUUUUAAUUCAGAUAUGAUUGUUCAUUUAUUUAAUGCAGAUUUUUCAACUAUAGUUGGGCAAUUUAUUACUUUAUUAAUUGCCAUAAGAGAUGUGUUAAAUCUUUCUCCAAAACAAUAAAAUAUUGGUUCUAAAUUAAA